AUGGAUUUCGCAACCAACAUCAUGGACCAUCCGCCCCCGGCCUACAUCGUCUACUGGGACGUGGCCUCCAGCAAUCCUUCAACUCCUCCCGUCUUCUUCCCGCCGAAGGACUCCGACGAACUCUUCGACGCUCUCAGAGGAGCAUUCCCGCACUUGCGGACGCAUUCAGAACGUAUGCGUGAGGCCAUGAUUCAGUUUCUCGUUGAAGAGCGCCAAGCCGAACAAUUCAGGACUGCCUCCGUGGACACAUUGUCUCCAACUGAACAUUCCUGGCCAUCCAUGACUUCCUCAGGCUCUACAUCAACCUUGAGCAGCCCCGAUACUCUCGCGCUGGGGACUCCAGCAUUCGGUAUGUCUCCACAGCCACAGCUGCCGCACCUGAGCCGUACUCAAUCCAUGGCACCUUCGAUGACGACAACAACAUCGACGGGAGAGAGCUCGCCAUCUCUCGAAAAUAUGACCGGUGUCUUCAGCAUUUCGUCCACUGGCCAACCGAAGCAGAAGACGAGGCGAAAGAUGACCGAGGCCGAAAAGGUCGAGUACCGGAAACGACGUAUCGUAAAAGCAUGCGAAGUCUGCGCCAAACGUAAGCGCAAAUGCAUCCACAACCAGCCGGGGAUGGAGACUCUGGCAUCCCAACAGAAAGUUACGAAGAAGGCGUCGCCAACUGCCCCCUCGGCCCUCUCCGCCAAGGCCACCGUUUUGGAGAACACGCUACAAAAAGCGACAUGGAGCUUCGACGGCAUUGAUGCCGGCAACGAUGAGUUUGCAGCCGACAUGCAACUCUUUGAUGACUUCGACAUCCUGCCGGACGAGACUACUUUCCGGAUCGACGACGAUCAGACGAAAGCUUCCGCCGAUAUAUGGAAGCCGAAUGUUGUAGCGCGACCUCGGGGUGAUGAUUACGCCAUGGACGCUUAUGGCGACAAUGCAGACUUCGCCGACAUACCUGGUAUGGACCCAUGGUUCGAUGUGAACAUGGGUCAGCUGCGCUGGGGCGGUACGGUAACCCAAGGACAACUACCGCACGGACAACACGAACAAGCACUCACUCCAGCGUCACCAAAUGCUGCAAUGAGUGCAGACAAUGGGAAUAGCGCAAAUGGGAUGCUAUGGGAGCAUCUACGGACCGGCCAGGAUGAAAGCAUAUCAACUCACGAGCCUGCUGCACGUGGGUCUUACACACACGAACAUGCGAGCAGUGACGGUCACGGCGGCUCUGGCAGAUGGCAGCCUCGCAACUCGGCUGGCGUGCUGGCGCAGACUGUCGUGCAAGUGAACGGCACGGCCAGGGCGAUCAGAGCUUUCGGCAGAUUGCUGAAGUCGAAUAUGCCGCAACGCAUCGCCCUGCAGCUUGUCAGGCUGACGAGCGUAGCCGAUGCUAUCGCACAAGCGAGUCUUUCUGGGGCCCCCUAUCUGACAGCGAAUGCCGACCUACACAACACUCCGACCCCGAGACAGCAGGUUGGUGGAAGUGCUGCCGGACCGCUUGAAGGCAUGCGGAUCGGCGAUUACUUGCGUAUGAAGACCAACUUCGACAACGUGGCUCACCAAAUGGGCCGAGGCGGUCAAGCACUACCAAGCAUGACAGCCACUCAGCAGCAACCUGGAUCAAGGUCGCUGUCAACGACCUCGAGCAUGAGAGCAGCGCCUACCUCCACGCCCAUCUCCAGCCGAACUUCGCCCCAAGAAGGCAACUCGGCAGCUCACGAUCAAGGAAGGCCGCCCGCCACAUUCGGUGGUAGCAUCACCAGCAUCAUCACCGCGAAUCAGACGCACGUGCUCAAGAGACGUAUACCCAAGUCCCUCCAUAGCAUCGUUGACCGCAACAAUGCCAAUGCCAGCGAAGAAGUUACGCUGGCUCCGAUCCUGCAGACUGAACGGGACAUGUACCGACAACCACAAGAACUCUCGAAGAACAGCAUCAAUGCUCAUCAAGCCAACGGCGGCGCGUACCUGCGACUUGGUAGCGACAACCACCCCCACUUCGACAGCAGACUCCUCUCUGGUGACCCGGCUAUUGACCGAUGGCUUGACAAACUCGCAGAGCACAAGGCGGCGCAAACUGAUGCCCGCGUUCUGCGCACCACGAACAACUCGGCUAACCGAGCCGUGCCUGUGCAUCGUUACAGUAAGCGCACUGAAAUAACACAGAAAGCGCCACAAGUUCUCGCAAGCGGCAUGCGCACUAGCAAAGACUCAUCCAGCCGCGUCGACGGCCAAGAUGAAGUUUAUAUCCCACGGAAUAGGGAUACCUUCCGUCGUCGGGAUCACUUCGGCAGAAUCACGCCAACCACUUCAGCGUCGGAGCUAGAGCUAGAGCCAGCAGCCACCGAGUCAAGCAACGGCGGCGGAGACAAGGAAUGCGGAUCUGGCGUGCGACCCUUCCACCUCCCGUCGUGGCCCGUGUUCGCCCUCCUCACACUCUUCACCCUCCUCUCGAACCUCACCCUCUCGUUCUCCCCUUGCGUGAUGGCGAGCAUAUGGCCCGUUUCAAAGACCAGAGCCUCGACCGAAGCGAAAGUCUGGCCCUGGCAUAACCCGCGCCAGAAACCGCGAUAUCAAGUCGAGGACUCCGCUUGGAGUAGUAUGCUGUCGCAGCAUGCGAUUGUUAACGGGCUCGAGUGGUUCAAUGGGCGGGUUUGUAAGAUUAGGGGGGUGGCGGAGCGCUGUUGUAGAAUAUCGGAUGUGAAGGGUGGAGUUGCUGAUGGAUAUCAGAGACGGGUGAUGGGAUUGCUUGCUACUUAG